GUGAAGUCCCCCGUCUCCACCUCGAGUGGAGCAGGGCGGUGCGGUGACAGCUGGGUGGGGUGACAGGCACGAGGAGGCCCCGACCUGUGUCCGCGAAGGUGGUGGGAGUCGUGCUCAGCUGGGGUAAACCUGACCAGCGAGCCUGGCCCGGGCCUGUGGAGAGGCUGUCCUGCCCGCUGCGUGAGCUGGCGCUAUGCAUCCGGCCCCCGGGCCCUCCCCGACGCUGCUGUUUACUCUCGCGGCUCUGGGCUCCACCGUGAGGUCAGACGUGGCCCCCCUCUUCGUCUCUGAGCCACGCUCCGCUGUGCAGAAGCUCGGGUCGCCCGUCUUGCUGCGCUGCUCGGCCACACCCGGGACGGCGCGUCUCUCCUGGCUGCACGAUGGGGAGACAGUGGAUGGGGACACGGAGCAGAUCCAGGUCCGGCCCGGGACACUGACCAUCCUGUCCCUCAGCCCCUCCCUCUCGGGGCAGUACCAGUGUGUCGCCAGCAACGCUGCCGGUGCCGUCGUGAGCCGCCCCGCCACGGUGUCUGCUGCAGUUCUCGGUGACUUUGGUGCAUCAACAAAGCACGUCAUCACUGCCGAGGAGAAAGGUGUUGGUUUCGUGAGCUGCAGUGUGCCAGACAGCACCCCUCAGGCCGAGGUGCGCUACAAAAUCCGGGGACAGUGGCUGAGACAUUCCACAGAGAAGUAUUUAAUCCUCCCGUCCGGGAACCUCCAGAUCCUGAACGUGAGCCUGGAGGACGAGGGCUCUUACAGGUGUGCGGCGUACAACCCCGUCACGCAAGAGCUGAAGGUGGAGCCCGCGGGCCGCAAGCUCCUGGUCACCCGCCCGUCCUCCGGCCCCCGCAUCCUCCACCCCCGCCUCUCCCAGGUGCUGGCUGUCCCUUCCCGGAGCCCUGUGACCCUGGAGUGCGUGGUGAGUGGGGCCCCGGUUUCCCGGGUGUCCUGGCAGAAGGACGGGCAGGACACUGUACUGGGCAGCCACUGGACGAGGCUCCACUCGCAUCUCGCCACGGCGAGCAUCGGCCCCGCGGACUCCGGGAACUACUCCUGUGUGGUGACGAGCCAGGCGGGAGCCGCUGGACAUGUGACGUACACCGUGACCGUGCUGGAACAUGCUUCGAUUUCUAGAGGCCUGCAGGACCAGGCGGUGUCUCUGGGUGCCGCGGUCCGGUUUACCUGCGACAUGCACGGGAACCCGGCUCCCACCCGUCGCUGGUUUCACAACGCACAGCCCGUCCGCCCCUCCCCACGGCAUGUGAUGGCAGGGAGUGCACUGCAGGUCCGGGAGGCCACCGCAGGGGACAGCGGCCUCUACCAGUGUGUUGCAGACAAUGGGAUAGGAUUCGCGCAGUCCACUGGGAGGCUCGAAGUCCACAGAGCGCCCCCCGGAGCAGACACAAAGGCAGCCAUGGUCACGCCUGCUGUUGCCGCUCGGGAUGACAUGCGUGGGAGAAGAGACGGCGCGGGCACCGGAUCGCCAAGCUCGGGUCCGGGGAAGGGCCGGCCCAGGGAAGUGGGCCCCUCCUCAGAGAAGAACACCAGUGGCACCAGUGUCCCCAGCGCCCCCGUCAUCCUGAGCCCCCCGCAGACCCCCACGGCGGACUCGUACACCCUGGCGUGGAGGACAGGCGGUGACGGCGGGCCCCCCAUCAACGCCUACUUCGUGAAGUACCGGAAGCUGGACGACGGAGCUGGCGUGGGCAGCUGGCACACGGUCCGAGUCCCGGGCAGUGAGAACGAGCUCCACUUGACGGAACUGGCCCCGUCUAGUCUGUACGAGGUCUUGAUGGUCGCAAGAAGUGCCGCCGGCGAUGGGCAGCCCGCCAUGCUCACCUUCCGCACCGGCAGAGAGAAAACGCCAUCCACAAAACACACGCAGGCGUCCUCUGCCCCCGUGGGUACCCCGGAGCAUCCUGCCGUCUCUGAGGCCGCACACAGCAACUUCGGAGUGGUGCUCCCGGACACCUCCAGGCACAGUCGAGUCCCGGAGGCGCCGGAUCGGCCCACCGUGUCCACCGCGUCCGAGACGUCCGUCUAUGUGACAUGGAUUCCACGGGCCAACGGGGGUUCUCCGAUCACCGCCUUCAAGGUGGAGUACAAGCGCAUGAGGACAAGCGACUGGCGGGGGGGGGCCGAGGACAUCCCCCCGUCCAAGCUGUCUGUGGAAGUGCGCAGCUUAGAACCAGGUUCGACGUACAAAUUCCGGGUCAUCGCCAUCAACCACCACGGUGAGAGCUUCCGGAGCUCGGCAUCCCGUCCUUACCAGGUGGCUGGCUUCCCCGGCCGCUUCUCUGCCCGCCCGGUCACGGGACCCCACAUCGCGUACACGGAGGCCGUCAGCGACACGCAGAUCAUGCUCAAGUGGACGUACGUCCCAUCGAGUAACAACAACACCCCCAUCCAGGGGUUCUACAUCUACUACCGGCCCACGGACAGUGACAACGACAGCGAUUACAAGAGGGACGUCGUGGAAGGUUCCAGGCAGUGGCAUAUGAUUGGCCACCUGCAGCCGGAGACCUCGUACGACAUCAAGAUGCAGUGCUUCAACGAGGGCGGCGCCAGCAGCUUCAGCAACGUGAUGAUCUGGCCAGCGUCUGGCCUCGAUUCUACCUUCAGCAAGAAGCUGAAACGAGCCGGUCACCCCGGAGUCUCAAGCAAGCGUCUGGAGCGCCCCUCCCUCCGACAGACGCUGCGUCCUCUCUUUGAGCCCCACUGUGCCAUCGGUGUUUCCGGAGGGAGCCCUGGCUCCCUGUUGUCCAUCACGCAGGACAGGGAGAGGGACGUGGGAAGUCACGCGUCUGUUCUCUUCAUGUCUGUCCUGCCAGCUGUCGAGCGCACGCACCCACGCACACGUCCUGGUGUGCUGGUGAGCAGGACCAGAUGCAGACCACGGUCGGCUGCUGGACCGAGGCCACUGCCAGCCCGGCCGUCGGGGCAGCCUGCAGGGCUCGCCCUUCCCCUUCUCAGCGGUGCCUGCCGCUGCUCGAGUGCCUCCCCCGAAGGCAGCCUCUGCUCCAUGCACGUGCCCGCACCUUCCGGCUGCUCCGUGCUCUUGGCGCUGGGACGGUCACUCCUGCAUGACUCCCAUUCUCUGGGGGAUGUAGGUCCAGCCACGUCCCCCCGUAGCAAGGGUGCAGGUCUCCCAGUGGGCCCUGCCUCUCACUGUGCCGCUGGGGCUGGGGAGCCCGGUAAGCAGGAAGGUCGUCUCAGUAGCGACGGCGUGGCUCUCGCUCUGUUAACAGAACACGGCCCUCCAGGACACGUCUGCCGGGGCUCAGAUGUCGGCGGGCAGGUGCUGGACGUCGCCAGCCUCUCUAUGGGCUAAGUUUUAUGGAAAAGUACCCCUGAACUCAGCCAUGGCGGCCCCCACCGUCACCUCAGGGUCCCUAACGGAGUCGGCGGAGCCGUGAACGGGAGCGUAACCGGAGGGCUUUACCCGGGGCAUGUGAACGCUGCCGCCCGGGCUCCUGUGGACUUCGCACAGCCGCAGCACCUUGUGAACGGCGGGCUGUACGCGGCCGUCCCGACGUACAUGGACACCCUGCAGUGCGCGAGCUGCCGGAACUGCCGGAACAACAACAGGUGUCUCUCCAAAGCCAGCGGCACUUUCAGCAGCAGCCCCCUCCCCCGGGCCACCCUGGCCACACCUCAUCCGCAGGACAGUUUGGAAAUGAAGCCUCUCGGCGGCUCGAAGAUGCCCGUGUGCCUGGCCCCCAGCAUACCUGAUGGUGGCCGGUUACCUGAGGAGGGCGUCAAGGGCGAGGCGGUGCUGGUACCUGCUCAGCGUCUUUGCUGCCUAGAGGGAGACUGCAGUGUCCGCUCCGAAACAGACAGCAGGAGUUGAGGCUGGACGCUCCCACCUGCCGCAGCGCGUGGCUCCUGAGGACGCCGUGACGCACACCCGCUUCGAGCCAGCGACUGCAGCACAGGGGCUGGGAGCUGAGUGAGGACACACUGCGACCAGAGCAGGGGCCGUCUCUCCCCGUAGCUUUUGCACACGUCAGUGUCUAAGCAGCUCCUGCACCUCUGUCGGUGGACGCGUGCAGCCGUCGCCGCUGCCUGGCGUGUGCCGUGAGCAUAUACGCCUGGAAAAUCCUCCCCCUUGCUCCGCCUCAGUAGGAGUGUCCUUGCUCUGCAUGGCUUCCCUCACCCGGGAGUGGGGGCCAGUCCCGACCGACCCCAAGAACCGGAGUGACAGUGGGCACACAGGGUGGACAGGUCCUCCAGCCCACACCUGUCCUGUCUUCACAGGGAGAGCCGUCUCCUGCUGUGGGGACUGCUGAGGUCGCCGCCCUGGUGGCCUGUGUUUGUAGCCGUGGGUCUGGCCUCUAGGAGAGUGGGUUCCCAGGCGCGCUCACAUGACCCAGGGACUCCCUGUGUCACGUGGGCACUGCAGGCCACUCUGGUCGCGUGUGGCAGUGUGCACAGAGAGCCACUGCCAGGAGGACAACGAUGCCAGGAGCCACAGAACAGGUGCGUGGGGCCCCAUGGCAGUUUCUGGGUAGGGACAGAGCAGGACUUUGAAGUGGUUGCUUAAACAGUAAAAACAGAAUCAGUGAGGUGGUGCCGUGCAGAAAAAGGCCUUGGGGGGCCCGGGGGCCCCGUGUGUCCCACGUUGGAGGGCGGGCCACACCACCCUCAGGACAGCCUCAUUCGUGGCCUGGCAGCAGCCCCAGAGCUGUGCAUCGGGACCGAUGGAGACCCGGAGAAGAGGCGUUAGACACGUCAGUGUGUAAGCAGCUCCUGCACGUCUGUCAGUGGACGCAUGCAGACCUCGCCGCUGCCCGUGGUGACAAGGACGACACCCACGGCCACCACUGGAAAGCUUUUCUCCCGUCACGGAGCCCGGCCCCCCGUCCUGGCCACACGUUUCUGGGCUGCGCCCCCACACCCCGGGAAGGACCAGAGCUCCCGGCGAGGGUCGUGCGGUUCCGUGGAGCCUGGUUUGCAGCUUCUGUGACGGAGCAGCCAGGCCAAGUGCCAAGGCAGGCAGCUUCUCUCGGCCCACCCGUGCCCCUCGCCCCGCGCCUGCCUCGGGAGCAGAGCAGGGAAGCAUCUGCGUUGGUCCUGGGCUCUGUCUGCACAUGCAGGGACUUCGGAGGGGGAAUGGGGAUGAGCCGAGGACCGGGCCCAGCAGGCAGCGCCCGGCCACAGACGAAUUCCUGAAAAUGGAGCAUGCCCGUUGGCGCUUCUGGUCCAGCCAACCGUGAGCGUGAGCCCCGGGCAGACCGGACUUCAUCUGCGAGGGCAGGAGCUGAGCCCAGCGGGAGGGCAGCGCGUGGCGGCAGUUACAUUGUCGGUGACGCUGUUUUAAGUGUUAUUCCUUGUGUCCUGUUCUAUUUAUAAGACGCCUCUGUAUUGAGAGACACAAAUACACGUGUUUGCCUGUCA